UCCACAACGAUCGCGCAAGAUUCAUGACUCGUUCUUUCUUAAUCGGAGAUUAUCUUUAAUUCGACGACUGACAUUCAUUCAAGAAAAAUCUAGAAAUAAUCGAGGAGAGAUCUGGGAGAAUCAAGUUUCUUAUUGCGUUUUGCCACAUUUCGCAGCGGUCGUUAGCGAAAUAUUCGAAUUCCUAUUCGUUCCUAACUCGUGCAGAGAGCCGUUACACUUUUUUCUACGAAUUGCUAUGAAUUGAUAAGUCACGAUCGAUGACAUCACUUUACCACUUUAACGUCAAUAUGAGCGUAUAUAAGCGUGUGUAACCGCCGAUACGUCCGACUUGUGAGAAUUCCGCGGCGGGGUCGUUCGAUAUGCUCUCACAUAAUUUGUUCGUCAACACUGGGAACAUACUCUCCCUGAGCGAGGCGAAACAGAAGGCGAGUCAAAAUUCCACGGAUGAGUUGAUCGAGACACUGAAGAUCGUUUUAAACGAUGAACAAAGCAAAGGGAAUGACAAGACAAUUAUCAAUGGAAAGAAGGAUACAAGUUUACAGGACGUGGAUAGAAAAGACUUAAAGAUCACUGUAAAAGUAUUUAUCUCAUCACCUGAUGUUAAUUCAUUAAAGGAAGCAUUGGAUCAAGCGUUUGAAAUACUUCAUACAGAUACCAUUGAAUCACUAGUAAUAGCUUACAAAAGUGCUGAGAGUCCAGAAGAUAUGUUGUCAUCGUUAAAAAAAAUAUGGUCUGUGGUAGAAGAAUAUGUAAAAGUUGACAAGUUAUCCAGUGUUGGAUUAAGCGAUAUUAAUACAAACACUUUCAUUGAACUAUUUCAGUGGGCAGAUAUAAAACCAAACAUUGUACAGAUUAAUUUAGCUACGUGUUGUGUGGUACCGCCAGCCUUGCAGGAAUUUACUAAAGAAAAUGAUAUUCAGUUGCUGACUCAUAGUGAUCCCUGUCAAAUUCUUCCUCAAGAAGUAUUAGAGAAUAUAUUUGGUUCUACUGCCCAUUUAUACUGGCUGAUAAGAUAUCAAAUCCAUCUUAAAUGCCGCGGAAUUUUAUCAUCGAAAGGGUACUUACUGCGCAUUAAUAAGUCUAAUGUUAAACCUUAACGUUAGUAGCACCACUAAAUGUUAUUUCUGCACAAGGUAAUGUGUCUCAUAUUCUAUAUUAACAUGUUUUACACACGAAUAACUUACACUUAAUUUUUGUAAUCAUGAGCAUUUUGAACAUUUUAUUGUACAUAUAUUAUUAUUAUAAGCUUUUAUAGUAUUGCACUGCGUUAUGCGUCUUAUUUUUAUUAGUUAAC